CCACGUCUACAAUAUCGCGAAACACUCCCGCCUCUCCGGCCACCAUGAAGUUCCAAAUGGACGACGUCACCGUGUACUUCCCGUACGACCACAUCUACCCGGAGCAAUACGCCUACAUGCUGGAACUCAAACGCGCCCUGGACGCCCGAGGCCACUGCCUCCUCGAAAUGCCCACCGGCACCGGAAAAACCAUCGCCCUCCUCUCCCUCAUCACCAGCUACACUCUCUCCAAGCCCUACAACCCCGUCAAGCUCAUCUACUGCACCCGCACCGUCCACGAGAUGGAGAAGACGCUCGCCGAGCUCAAGCUCCUCCAUAAAUACCAGGUCCAGCAUCUCGGAAAACAGGCGGAGAUCCUCGCCAUCGGGCUCUCUAGUCGCAAGAACCUCUGCGUUAACCCUGAUGUGCUUGCCGCUGAGAAUCGCGACUCCGUGGACGCCGCUUGCCGCAAAUUGACCGCCAGCUGGGUCCGCGCCGCCGCGAUCGGGAACCCUAAUGUGCCGAGCUGUGAGUUUUUUGAGCAGUUUGAGAGGGCCCGGGAAGGUACCGUCUUGCCUCCUGGGGUUUACACCUUGCAGGAUUUGAGGGCGUUUGGGAAGGCCCAAGGGUGGUGCCCUUACUUUUUGGCGAGGAGAAUGGUCGAGGCGGCCAAUGUGGUGGUUUAUAGUUAUCAGUAUUUGCUUGAUCCCAAAGUGGCUGGGAUUAUAUCCAAGGAGUUGCAGAAGGAGUCUGUUGUGGUGUUCGAUGAGGCUCACAAUAUUGACAAUGUGUGUAUCGAAGCGCUUAGUGUUAGUGUGAGGAGGCAGACGCUUGAGGGGGCUAGAAGGAAUCUCAGUAAGAUGCAGCAGGAAAUUGAAAGGUUCAAGGCCACAGACGCAGGAAGAUUGCGACAAGAAUACAACCGGCUUGUUGAGGGUUUGGCACAAGGAGGAAACCUACCCCUCACGGAUGCUUGGCUUCAGAACCCUGCCCUACCUGACGAUAUUCUGAAGGAGGCUGUGCCCGGAAAUAUUCGCAAAGCGGACCAUUUUCUGCAUGUCUUACGAAGAUUGGUCCAGUAUCUCGAAGGGCGUCUUGAAACCGAGAACGUUGAGAAGGAGCUUCCUGUUGGCUUUGUUAACUCUAUUAAUACCCAAGCUGGAAUUGACCAGAAAACUCUCAAGUUCUGCUAUGAUCGUCUACAGUCACUCAUGAUGACAUUAGAAAUUACCGACACAGACGAGUUCUUACACAUCCAAACUAUAUGCGACUUUGCGACGCUUGUGGGAACAUAUGCCCGUGGUUUCUCUAUCAUAAUUGAGCCAUUUGACGAGAGAAUGCCACACAUUCCUGAUCCUGUUUUGCAGCUUAGUUGUCAUGAUGCUUCUCUUGCUAUAAAGCCUGUAUUUGAUCGAUUUCAAUCGGUUGUGAUUACAUCUGGAACCUUGAGCCCGAUUGAUCUCUACCCCCGUCUUCUCAAUUUUAACCCUGUUGUGAGUCGAAGCUUUACAAUGUCACUAACGAGAGAAUGCAUAUGCCCAAUGGUUCUCACCCGGGGAAGUGAUCAGCUUCCUGUAAGUACAAAAUUUGAUAUGAGAAGUGAUCUCGGAGUGGUAAGGAAUUAUGGGAGGCUGCUGCUGGAGAUGGUUUCUGUUGUUCCAGAUGGGGUCGUAUGUUUUUUCGUCAGCUACUCAUAUAUGGACGGUAUAGUGAACAGUUGGAAUGAAAGCGGAAUAUUAAAGGAAAUAAUGCAGCAUAAGCUCGUGUUCAUUGAGACCCAAGAUGUGGUAGAGACAACUUUGGCUUUGGACAACUACCGCAAAGCUUGCGAUUGUGGGAGAGGUGCUGUCUUCUUUUCUGUAGCCAGGGGAAAAGUAGCUGAAGGAAUAGACUUCGAUCGUCAUUAUGGACGAUUGGUCAUCAUGUACGGUGUUCCAUUUCAGUACACGUUAAGCAAGAUUUUGCUUGCACGGCUUGAGUACUUGAGGGAGACCUUUCAGAUAAAGGAAGGAGAUUUCUUGACCUUUGACGCUUUGAGACAAGCUGCCCAAUGUGUCGGCCGGGUUAUCCGGUCAAAAGCGGACUACGGCAUGAUGAUUUUCGCGGAUAAAAGGUAUAGCCGUCAUGACAAGCGGUCUAAGCUGCCAGGAUGGAUCCUCUCCCAUCUGAGGGAUGCUCACCUCAACUUGAGCACUGAUAUGGCUCUCCAUAUAGCACGAGAGUUCCUCAGAAAGAUGGCCCAGCCAUAUGACAGGACUGGUGGCAGCAGCGGCAGGAAGACACUCCUAUCCCAGGACGACUUGGAGAGGAUGGGCCAAGGAAUCACUUAUGAAAUGUUGUUUUAGUUGUACAAAUUCCUAGGUGUGUAUAUUUUUGCUUCUUCUAAUCACCUAUAGUUAUUGCAUAGUUGUACUCAUCAGUUUUGACUAACAUUUUGUUUAGAACGAGUUUAUUGAAGUUCUAUCUAAUGAUCUGCAUUUUGUUUCCGA